ACAAAAAAGUUUUUGUGUGUUGUUUAUCAAAAUCUCUAAUCAAAAUAAACUUUCGCUGAAAAAAGAAAGUUUUUCUAUUUUUUUAAUGACGAACCGAUAAAAAGUGAUUUUGAUCAAAAAAAGCGUAUCCAUUCCAAAUAAACAAGUCUUUGUAACAUUGCGACGACACGGCAGCUGCAACAUGAAUAAUUAUCACGACUAUUUACCAAUCUUACUUUGCGGAUUGUCCAUUCCGUUAUCGAUGUUUAUGUGGCUGGGGAACUUAGCAUUCACAUUCGUGACGACGAACGGCCAACAAAAUGAUGACGAUAGAGUAAUUACACCGCUUCGAUGGCUUUUCAGUACUCUAGCGCCGUUGCUACUAAUGAUGUAUGGCUGGAAAAGAAAAGGGGUCAACAAAAGUGGAGCUGCAUUCGGUUUGGUUAUUGCAAUUAUAUUGUCUAUAGCGAGUCAUGCAUUCCUAGCUUCUUUGGCUACGUUCUAUUUCACGUCGUCGCGUGCCACUAAAUUUGGCAGCAAGAAGAAACAGAAAAUUGAAAGUGAUUUCAAAGGAGGCGAAGGCAAACGAAACUGGAUACAAGUUUUAUGUAAUGCUGGCUUCGCUGCUCAACUGGCAUUGUUCUACAUGUUAGACUGCGGUAGCGGAGAAAGACCUAUCGAUUUCGUGAAACAAUAUCGAAGUAGUUGGCUAGGCAUCGGAAUCAUGAGUUCAUUUGCGUGCUCGAAUGGCGAUACAUGGGCAAGUGAGUUGGGAACAGUACUCGGAUCGGGUGAUCCUUUUCUGAUAACCACACGGAAGCGAGUGCCGCGAGGAACAAAUGGCGGUGUGUCGUAUGUAGGAUUGUUUCUCAGCUUCUUCGGUGGACUGGCUAUUGGAGUUGCAUAUUAUUUGACGAUCAUAUAUACUGUGGAGCACCAUUUACUUUCGAUGAGUGCUCGACAAUGGCCAAUUAUUCUUUUUGGAGGUGUGGCUGGUUUAAUCGGAUCGGUCAUUGAUUCCGUGAUUGGUGCAACUUUACAGUAUUCCGGCCAAGAUGUAACUGGACGAAUCGUUGAAAAGCCCGGUAAAAAUGUCAAACACAUCAGUGGCUUUCGUAUUUUGGAUAAUCAUAGCGUGAACUUAAUAUCGUCCAUUCUUACCGGUAUUAUUAUGCCAUGGAUAGCGCAUAGAUGUUGGCCGUAACUCUAUAUGAUGGAUAUGAAUGCUGAUGACAUGAGUGAUUUUAUCAUUGUUGUGAAAUCAUUUUUAGAAAUUCCAAAACCAUUCGAAUAAACCGUUUGUUGUAUACCA